CUCAAAAAGCGCGGGGCGGGUCCGGCCGGCGUCUCCUGCCGCAGCCGGGGAGCGCUGAGAGCCGCCGCCGGUGCCCUCCGCAGCCGCUGCCAGCAUGAACAAGGGCAUCUUGCACACACUUAGAACGAAGAGAGAACUCAUUCCCCUGGCCGGAAUAUUGACCUUUGCAGCAGCUGGGGCGUUCUCUUUUUGUGUCUAUUCCCUAUUCCACAAAUCUGAUGUGAUCAUUCACAAGAUUGGCAGUUCAGAACCAUGGGAAACUAUUGAUCCUGCCAAGCCUCAGAAGCUGGUAACAAUCAAUCAGCAGUGGCAACCUAUAAAAGAGCUGGAAGAGGUCAAAAAGCUGACGAAGUGAGAAGUUUCUGUUGCCUCAAAAAGAUGUUUGUAACUGGAGGAAAGUACUGGAGCUUGCAUUCCAUGGUAUUUACCUAUAUAUCCCUGCAAGAAGUGUCUAAACUCCUUCCCAGUAAUUGAUUAGGCAGUCUGCCCUAUGUUUCUGCUUUUCCUUAUUGCAUCCAUUAAAAAGUUUAAUCCCCUGUGGUUUUUAGGAAAAAAUGAGAGUUUGGUGGGGUUUAUUUUAGGGGGAGCGGGAGUGUUUUGGAGUUGUGUUGCUAUUUCUUUACUAAUAUGACGUUUCUAGGACGUGUAAUAGUAUCUGUUCCCUUGGCAGCGGGAAGUGUCCGUGGCUCUCCGCAGCACGCAGCGCUUGGUGAGCGCUGGGAGCGCUGCGCCAUCGUCUGGAAAAGCCGGGAGCGGCCUGCAAGGCUCCCGGUGAGGAGAACCUUGGUCCAUACAAUACAGGUGUGUCAGACUUGUUCUCACAGGGGAAACAGGAGCACGAGAAGUCUCUAAAAAAAUUCAGAAUACUUGUAUGCUACUGAGCACCAUCUUAACUAUGAAAGUUUUUGUUUUUCUCAAAAAUUCUGUUUUACAAAGGCCAGAUACUAGACUUAGGUAACUGGUUUUCUAAGUUCAUGUUUCAUCAGUUCAUUUAGGGAUUUAUUAAAUAAUUUCUUUGUGUGUGCUUUGGGAAAAGAAAUAGAAAGAUUACAGGGACUUGGGUGCUCUUAAUGCACCUGGGAUAAAUGCAAGUUUUUAGUCUGCUUGCCAUCUGGUUCUUUUGUUUAUUCAUCAGCUGAACUAAAAAUCCCUGUGUGUCUCAGUACUUAGUUUACUAUGUAAAACAAUGCAGAACACACUCUAUACAGACAACACUGACGAUUUAUGUGCCCUCAUGUACUGGCUGAUAAUGGUCCUGGGGAAACAACUUAUCUUUUUACCAUGUAUAAUAAUAAGGCAAUCAUGAAACAGUCAUCUUAAGGAUAAAAUUGUACUUUUGCUUAUGAAAUGGCUUUUUUUUUCCCCUAUAUAAAUUGAUGCCAUAAAAGGUGUAAAUGCUUCAUUGCUGUAAUAAAAGCAGUUAUUUUAUCCUGCAUAUUUAGCACCAGUUGCUUUCAAACUGUGAAAUACUGCAAGAAAACAGAGAUAAAAGAGCAAAACUACUCAAAAGAGCAAAUAUAAUGAUAAGGAUAUCAUCAUGUUACAGCUUUACACACAGAAGGCAGCUACACGUGUGUUUUAAGAGCAGAUUGCUGUGGUGGCUGCAAAACAGAAAAUGGAAAGGAUCCAUAUUUAUUCUAGUAGCUUUCAAAGUUGUGUCAGGUAUUUCAGAGAAUGAAAGAGCAUGUAGGGUCCUUCCUAAAGCAUUCAGCUGUGGAAAAUGGAAUAAGAAGAGUAGACCAGUAGGUGAUUUUCCAGCUCCAGAGCACAGACACUGUCAGUGCCCAGCAUGCUUUGUUAUAGAGGGGAGGAGAGGGUAAAACUGGAAAGGAAAUUAGGGGGGGAAUGUGGAGGACAUUUAUAUUUUUUUUAUGGUAGAAAGGAAAUCUAGAGGCUUUCAGAUUAAGUCUUUCCUGUGAAUUAGCAACUUGGUUAGGAGGCUUUUUUUUUUUUUUUUUAAUUGAUGAAAGAAGAAAUUAUCUUUGGGCAAAGGCAGCCUGUAUUUGAACAGCACAGUUCCUGGGGUGUGUUCCACCCCUGGUGAAGUGAGAGAAGCUCCUGGUGACCCUGUAAGCAGCAGGUGCCCAGAAUGUGAGCUAGAUAUUAUUAAUGAAACUGUGGAGAGGACAGAAUAUGGCAAGAAAACAGAGAGGCUGAGAGCAGUGGCAUAAUGCAAAGAGCUGGUGAAACAUGACAUUUGAGAUAUGUGUGCUCAUUCCUGGAAAAACUGAAUGUGUUUGGAGCAGCCAGCAAGAAAAAAGACCUCGGCAGUGCCCUUUUGGAUAGAGGGAAAUGAUCUGGAUACUUCCAGGGGAUUGUCCCCCUCUCUUGAGACCCCAAGGGAACUUCUUCUCUGGCAAUGGAUUAGUUUAUUGGACUAGGAGGCUGCUGCAGAAUGUAUCAUGUCUUUAACCCAACUACUCAUCUUUGUUUGUUACACUUACAGUUAUUUGUAGAGAGAAAUAAUGUUUAACAGCCCUGCCCUGUGCAGCGUCAGUGCAGUGUCCUCAUGAGAUCCACCAAAAUACCUGAACAGAAUCCUUGCCAGUCAUGAUUCGAUGGGUUUCUUCUGGGGUUUUUGCUUCUAUGUCAGAAAAUUACUUUUAAAUGCCAGCCUUCUGCUUUUCUGAGUCACUCUGCCACUUGGGAGUGAUUCUGCAAGAAAUAGAUAUGUACAGUAGUGAGAUAAUUGAAGACCAGAUUCAAGUAUGACAUUUUAAAUGGUAAUUCUGCUGGUGAAGAAAGAAAUGCUGCUGGUAUUGAAAAGACAAAAUGUCAACACAAUUAAAAACAAAACCCAAACCACAUAAUUAAGCAAGGAAAACAUUCAGAAACAAAAUAUGUUUCUGAUAAUUUUCUUCUUAGGAUAAGAACACUUCAGAAGGGAAGAGUAGGAUGUGAGGGUUUGCAGUCUACUCAUAUGGAAAUGUUUUAUUGACUCAUAUGAGUAGGUUGUCAUCAAAACUGUAUCUGUGCUUCAGAAAAGGAUGUGUGACAAUCACCAAUUUAAAAAGGAAAAACCUUCUCCCAAUGUGGACUUUCAGAAGUGGCAGAAUUUUCUCAGGGUUUCAUCUGUUCAGUCAGCAAGAGUAUUCCAGCACAGCUCUGGAAACCAGGGACACUGGUUGUGGAAACCUGCUUGGAUCUUGGAAGUUUUUUGUUUAGAAAGAAGUUCUGUCAAGUAUAUGCAUUUUCAUUUCAGGCAGAUUUGUUAGAAGGAAAAGAAUAGUGUAAGAGUGUGUAAACUAUCUUAGCCACAUUAAAUAAUCUGGCUUGGAAAAACAUGAGACCUUAUUUAUAUUAAUGCCCCUUAUUUAUAUUAAUUUUCUCUGAGUUGAUACUGAAAACAAUCUUGAAGUAUCUAUAAAAACUUACUGAUUCUUUUAUUCUUUAUUCUCAUUCCAUCUUCUGUUGCCUUUUCUCUGAAUUUCUAGUCUACAGACCUUGGUAGCAAGGGCCCCUCAAGGGUGAAUGUAGGGUUUCAGGAAUAUUGUGCCAGUUGCUUUAUGAUGAUCCUUCACCAUACUUUGUCAGCUUAUACUUUCUGAAGUGCAAUUAUUGCAUGUGAAAUCACAAGUCUUAAAUUGUUCUGAAUAAGACAGACUUAAUUAAUUCUAUGUAGAGCAUCUGCAAACUGAGUUAAAGCUCAGAAUGUUCAGACAUUUCAAAACACAGCUGCCCUAAGAAUCAGAUUGCUGUAAGAAUGCAAAGAUUAUGAGAGAGAGAAAUACAAAUUAAUAUUUUAUAAGACAAUGUGAAGUUUAAUAAUCGAUUUAAUAAAACCCACAAUAAAACAACACACCUUUUUUCUUCAAUUAAACAAAUGUAUAGUAAAUUAUUAAAAAACUGCAAAUACAAUACAUGUCUACGGUACUUCAACAUCUAAUUACAUCAACUGUAAACCCCAAUUUAAUUAAAACCCAUUUGAGCAUUAGUAUGUGCAAAAUACCUGUUGUUUGUGGGUUUUGCCAGUAAAUUUGAAAGGAUGGGAUGCACAUUUUUCAUGAACUGUGAUAUGCCUUAAUUAAUGAUAGUGUUUGUAUUGCAGCAUUACCUUCCCAAGCACAGUGCUGCUUUUCAGCUGCACACGCUCCCAUGCUGUACAUCAGUGUUCCUGUUUCUUGCCCAGAUACAAACACAAUCCGCUGUUAUGUGCAUUCUGUCCAGAUUCCUAAUGUGCUGUCAGCUUUCAUCAAUAAAAAUUCAUCAUGUGAUCCCUACCUCCAAAAA